UUCACGAUGGAACAGCGUUUCUUGCGCCAGGAACUAGGAUACUACCAUGAUCGCGUCUUCUAGCAAGUUGCGCGUAUUGGAUACAACGGAAGUUGCACAAGCUGAUGAAUCCUCGGACGCAAGACAACGGAAACGAAGAGCAAAUCUCUACGAUGCUGUCGCAGGCCGUGUGAACUCGCAUGGGUUUAUCCCCGCGAAACCUUACGCCUCCACAUAUCGUGACACAGCGUCGUCCAGUAGCCGUUCUCUCCCGCCAGAAGAGGUCCUUUUUCGCCGAAAGGGCAUGCCCAUUCGCUAUGAGGAAACAGAUCGGUAUUUCGCCCACGAGUCUCUUCCGCCUGACCGUCCGCUCCCUAGCUCUGAGCUGUUGGAGUCCAUCCACUCUUACACGGCCGACUUUUACGAUCAAGCAGUCAGCGUAAACGGGCGCAUAAACCACUACAGCAUGAACGGGAAGUCUUUGUUGUUUAUGGGUGUACUUCUGGAGGAGCUGGCAAAGGAAUCGCUGGGUGACACUGGCGAUUUGGCACUGGUCGAGGGAGACGAUAUGCCGACGGAUGACGAGCCAGUCGAGAAAUUCGGAAGGAGGAAGCGACGCAAGCGAGCCAGCAGUCUCAGCAGCAUGUAUGCCAGUUCCGGAGAGGAUCUUGAUAGCGUGGUGAAAAGGAAGAAGCGUCAUAAGAAGCGCAGGUUGGCGCGCCAGACAUCUGCGACGGACAUUGACACAGAGGCCGAAGAUAAACAGUGA